GGUAUUCAAUAGCUAUAAUGGAAGGAAAAGAGGAAAAUCAAGAAAAAUCAGAGACUUCAAAAAAACGCUCUCUUGAAGAAAGUCUUGAUAACAAAGAAUCUAGUGAAUCUGCAGCUCCUGACAACAGAAAAAUUCUAAAAACUGUCAAAGUAAUACGUGUGCUCUGUCCUAAUUAUGCUGUUGGUUCAAUCCUUGGGAAAGGUGGGGAACGUCUAAAAGAAUUUAAAGAUUCAACAGGAGCUAGAAUCACAGUAUCUAAGCAAGGAUGUAUGUUUCCUGUAAUAAAUGAAAGAUAUGUAUCUAUCAUGGCAGAUCUUAGUACCAUACAAAGUGUUGUGAAGUUCAUUCAGCUGCGCAUUAGAGAAGAUGAAUUCCAGCCUAAGGAUGAAAGAGAGUUAGCCCGCUUUGAGAAAAGGAAAAGAGUGUGUAAAGUUGUUGUAUCUGACAAUGUAAUCGGUAAAAUCAUUGGAAAAGGAGGAGACAAUAUCAAUGAAUUGAAAACUAGACACAAUGUUAUGAUAAAGACUACAAAUAAAAAAGAGCUCCCUCAUGAACUACCUGAGCGAGUUAUAACAAUAGAAGGUGACCAUGAAAAAGUGAAUGCAUGCAUUGAUGAAAUUAUUGCUGAUAUUCAUGAAGAUCCAAGGUCAAACUUAGAUUACUUUGUUGACUAUGAAAAGUAUCUUCGCCAUACUCAAAGUUCAUCUAGCACCUCUCACCGCGGACCACCAAUGGGUUACAAUCCAACUCCACCCACAGGAUAUAAUGGAUACAACUAUCCCCCUUAUCCUUAUGGCAGCUAUCCAAACCAGUACCCACCAUAUUCAUAUGAUCAGUAUGGACAGUACCAAUACAGCCAAUACCAGGCAUCUUACAAACAGCAUAGUGAUCAAUACAGACAUCAUGAUGAUUCUAGAAGCAGCAGCAAGAGUGAUUCAUUUAGAACAGGAUAUUGACAUUUUUUUGCAUUAUAUUUAAAACUUUAAAUAAGCUUAUAUCUAUUAAUGUAUGUAACUCACCCUCUGCACUGUACAUAUACACAUGGUGUACAUGAUUGCAUUUUGAAGAUUUAAACAAAUUAAUGGAUUUACCGACCUUGUCAAGUUUGGUACAUUAUUAUUACCAUUUUGAAACCAUUUGGUAUUAAGGUUAUGUUAUUAAAACAUUGCAUUAACAUUUACAUUUUUUAUGUUGAAAUGUUUAAUGAUAUAUACUUUAUUUUAAGUUUCAAAUCAUAUUUCACCAAGAUUUGACAAUUAUGUUGCUUAUCAAUACUGUAUUUGAAGUUUAUAUAUUAAUGAUUAUGCCUGAAAUGGCUUAUUUUAUACGCAUGCAAUAUUAUUUUUGACUUGGGCUCCUGUAAGUCUUAAACAAUACAAAAUGAUAUUAUGUAAUAGAACAGAUGUUUAAAAAGAUUUGGUAUCUGUAUUACAAGUAUUUGCAAAAGGAUUAAGUAUCUGUAUUAUUUGCAAGAAAGUAUCUAUUAAUUGUACUAAUAUUGG